UGGAGGGCUGAGGAAAUGGCCCUGGAAUGCGGUGGCCUGGGGCGCGGGGCAGCGCGGCCGUGCGCGGAGGUGCCCGCGCUCCCGGAGGGCACAGCCAUGGCUUCCCCGCCGCGGGACCCAGAGGAGGAGCCGGGCGCUGGCCCCGAGCCAGGUGACCCUCGGGCCAAGCCCCCUGUCAAGCCCAAGCCCCGGGCGCUGCCCGCCAAGCCAGCCCUGCCCGCCAAGCCCAGCCUGCUGGUGCCCAUAGGGCCUCGGCCGCCUCGGGGCCCCCUGGCCGAGCUGCCGUCCGCCCGGAAGAUGAACAUGCUGGCUGGGCCCCAGCCCUAUGGGGGCAGCAAGCGCCCCCUGCCCUUCGCGCCAAGGCCUGCGGCCGAGGCCACUGCUGCAGAAGCCGCCCAGGAGCCUGGGAAAGAGGAGCCGCCCCCCUCGACCCCGCCUGCCCGCUGUGCCGCCCCGGGGGGUGUGCGGAAGGCCCCCGCCCCGUUCCGCCCAUCCUCAGAGCGCUGUGCAGCCACCACGGUGGAGGAGAUCCUGGCCAAGAUGGGGCAGCCCAGGAAGGAGGUCCCGCCCAGCCCCGAUCGGCUCUGGGGCUCGCGCCUUUCCUUCAACCAGGAUGGCAGCUUGCGCUACGGCCCCCGGACUGCCCUCACCAGGGGCUGGUCCCAGGAGGGGCCCACAGAGGCCCUGGCUCCAGCAGAGUGCCGAGAAGAGCAUGGCGAGACCCCCAUGGCCAGGGGCCCCUCCUCUGACCUGGCCGUCAACGGGGACCUGGCUCAGCCGGCCGCCGCCGAGCCACCAAGUGACGUUUCCGCCAAGGCCUGGGUCCCCUCCAGUCCAGGCUGCCCUGCAGAUGUCGCCGGCCCAGCUCUGGGGUCCCCCCAGCCCUCCUCACGCCCGGAGAGCUCUCCCCAGCAUGCUCAGCUCCCCGGAGCCCAGAGUCCUGCGACUUCUGAGGCUUCUCCCUGCUGCCCUGUGACUGCCCCGCCCCUGAGCACUACCCCGCCCACUGCUGCGGAGGGCCUCUGUCAGGCCUCCGGCCCGGGGCUCCCCUCUGAGGCAGCCUCAGAGACCCCCAGUGCCAGCAGCCCGCCCCUUGAGCUGGUCUCGGAGCACCCUGCUCCCGAGCACCCCCCGACCAGCCCGCCGGAGCCCCUCGUUGAGGGGACUGAGGUGCCAGAGCUCAGGAGGACGUUUCCGUCCAGGGAGGAGGUGGCUCCCGAGGGGGACCCCAACCUCUGUCCCGCCAACCUAGCUCAGCGCCGCUUCUCUGAAGGUGUCCUCCGGCCGCCCAGCCGGGGCCAGGAGAAGCUGGGGGGCUCGCUGGCCGCGCUGCCCCAGACCCAGGGGAGCCAGAUGGCCCUGGAUCGUCCCUUCGGGAGUGGGUCGGAGUCCAACUGGAGCCUGUCGCAGUCCUUCGAGUGGAGCUUCCCUGCGCGGCCCUCGGGUCUGGGCGUGCUGCGCCUGGAUUCCCCGCCUCCCUCGCCCAUCACGGAAGCCAGCGAGGCGGUGGAGGCUGCUGAAGCCGGCAGCUGCGCUGUGUCCCCGCAGGGGGAGGCGGCCCGGGCCCCUCCUGGGGACGCAGGGAGGCCCAUUUCCUGGGUGCAGGCAGAAGAGCCAGGGGUCUCCCCAUCACCUGAGCCCCUGUUCACGUCCAAGGCACCGCCCCUGCUGCAGGCCGAGGACAGGACGCAGCCCCGGGAGCCGCCAGCUGGACAGGAGGCCCCGCUCCCUCCGGUCACCAGAGAGGCCGCCCUGUCCCUGCUGGAGCCCGUUCGGGGCCAGCAGCAGCCAGCAGCCCCUGACCAGCCCUGCGUCCUCUUUGCCAAUGGACCCAGCCCUGGGCAGGCGUUGCCCGUGGAGGAGGCAGUGCCCAUGGCCCGGGCUGAGACCACCCAGCCCAUGACGGAGGCCCAGGACUGGCGCCUGGCGUCCCCUGAGCCCAUGGGGCCUGGUGGCAGUGCUCACUGGCUGGAUGAACUUUUGGCCUCCCCAGCAGCGCCGAAGGGCAGGCCAUGCCCGAGCGCCCGCCCCGAGGGACUCCUUGGCUGGGCCCAGAAGGAUCUGCAGAGUGAAUUUGGGAUCGCAGCAGACCCGGACCCCAGCAGCGUGGGGCCUUCUGGCUGGUCCCGCAUUGCUCCUCAGGACUACAACCACGGGGGUACCAGCCCCGCAGGAGACCCGGGCCUCGGGGACGGGGACUGGGCUAGGGAGUGUGGCCCAGGAGCCCGGGAAGGGGGCGGAAGGGAGCGGGCUGAAGUCGGCAGCAGCCAAUCCCCGAGUGAUGUGUGUGCCCCGGAGCAGCUCGAGGCCCACGGCCGGGGGGUUGGAAAGCCAGCCCUGCCUGGCACCCAGAGCUGGGAGGCCAGUGCCCUGGACCAGGAACUGGGGAAGAGGGAUUCCUGGGACGUGUUCUCCAGCCGGGAUGCGGAAGUCCAGGACCAGGAGUUGGGGAAGAGGGCUUCCCGGGACAGCUUCUCCAGCCUCCAUGCAGAGCUCCAGGACCAGGAAUUGGGGAAGAGGGAGUCCUGGGACAGGUUCUCCAGCCGGGAUGCGGAAGUCCAGGACCAGGAACUGGGGAAGAGGGAUUCCUGGGAUGUGUUCUCCAGCCAGGAUGCGGAAGUCCAGGACCAGGAGUUGGGGAAGAGGGCGUCCCACGACAGCUUCUCCAGUCUCCAUGCAGAGCUCCAGGACCAGGAAUCGGGGAAGAGGGGUUCCUGGGACAGGUUCUCUGGCCGGGAUGCGGAAGUCCAGGACCAGGAACUGGGGAAGAGGGAUUCCUGGGACGUGUUCUCCAGCCGGGAUGCGGAAGUCCAGGACCAGGAGUUGGGGAAGAGGGCGUCCCACGACAGCUUCUCCGGUCUCCAUGCAGAGCUCCAGGACCAGGAAUCGGGGAAGAGGGGUUCCUGGGACAGGUUCUCCGGCCGGGAUGUGGAAGUCCAGGACCAGGAAUCAGGGAAGAGGGAGUCGCGGAACAGCUUCUCCAGCCUCCAUGCAGAGCUCCAGGACCGAGAGUUCGAGAAGCGGGACUCACUGGGUGUGUACGCCGGCCAGGAACCUAGCCUUCGGGACUGGGAUUUUGAGGCCAGAGGCUGUCUGGGCACCCACGCCCCCCAGGCCCCCGAGGAGCAGGCCCGAGAGUCGGGUAUCGAGAAGGCCCUGGGCUUCAGCAGCCAGGACACCGAGGAGCAGGACCGGGAGUUUGAGAAGAGGGACUCCCCGCACGGCGCCUUUGACUGCAUGGCAGCGGCGCGCUGGGACCAGGAGCUCAGGCCGAGCGCUUGGAUGCGGGAGUACGGCGACAGUGCCCAUGUGCAGGACGGGGGCUUCGGGCCGCAGGCAGCCCGGCAGCAGGAGGAGGAGUUGGAGAAGACCCUGGGUGGUCAGGACCGCUGGGCUGUGGGCCAGCCAGAGGGGCGGUGCUCCGGGCGGCUGCAGGGAGGCAGCACCAGCCAGGAGGUGGCGGGGCCUGCGGGCGCUGGGGAUGGGGACUCCGGGAAGCCAGGCUGGGCUGGGGAGUUGAGCCUGGGUGUUGCUCCGCAGCCUGAUGCAGGUUUUAGCCCCGGCCUCCGGGACUGGAGGCACCCUGCCUUGAGCUCCCAGUUCGGCAUCAUCGGUGAUGACCGAGGGCCGGGUGCCGGCCCGAGCACCCCCAGCAAGGCAGGAGGCGACCACUUUGUGUCCCCUGGGGAGACAGUGGCCGGGCCUGGGGACUGGGCUGACCAGCUAGGUCUCAGGAACUUGGACCCGUCCAGCUGUGGGGCCCUUGGGGACUUGGUUGAGGCCCGAGAGGGGGCCGUGGGGCAGGUGGGCUGGCCAGACCGCCUGGGCGUGCGAGACCGUGGCCUGGCCAGCUGCUCGGAGGCACGCGGGUCUGUGGAAUGCGUUGGUGUGGGCAGCGGGGUGCAGAGCUUGGCAGGGUUUGGGGAGACUGGAGGCCACGGCCCGGCCAGAGAGAGUGGCGUGGGGCAGACGGACUGGUCAGGUGCAGAGGCCAGCGAGUUCCUUAGAUCCCGGGAGUGUGGAGUGGGACAGGCAGACUGGACCCCCAGCCUGGGGCUUGGGAACGUGGUCCCUGGGGAGCCUGGAGAGCUGGCGGGGGGCCUGGUGGGUUGGGGGGAGGACCUGGGUCUGAGGAAUUUGGGGGAGCCCUGUGGCCUGGAGCUGGGGGGUGCCCGGGGCUGUGGUGUGGGCCAGACGGACUGGGCCCGUGAUGAGGGGCUGCAGACCGAGGUGCCGCCGGGAGUGCCCAGUGAAGCCAGGGAGUGGGGGGUGGGGGAGGCAGGGCCCGGCCGGGAGCCCGGCUGCAGGAGCAGCGGGAGCUCAUCUCCCCGCUUGGAGGCCAGGCAGUCGGGGGUCGGCAAGACGAGCAGGCUGGAGAGCCAGGGCGAAGACAGCAGCGCGCCUUCCUCGGAGACACGCGCCUCAGACUCUGGGACGGAGAUGGGAGAAGCCGCUGGCUGCGGAGCCAGGUGUGCCACCCGCUCCCCGCCCCCUGGCGCGCAGGGCCUGCUGGAGGGGCUGCAGGGGACCAGCAGUGCCAAGGCGGUGGCGCCCAGGGAGUCCGCAGCCUCGGGGCUCAGCGUGCUGUCGGGGCAGGAAGGAGCUGCGGCAGGUGGCAACCAGGCAGUGCCCGCGGAGCCCGGUGGGGACCUGCUGCCCGCCCGGAGGCCCCAGCCAGACGGCGAAGCCAGCUGUGUGGAGGAGGUGGACGGCACCUGGGGCCUUGCAGGGCCUGGGCACGGGGAGCAGGACUCAACCCUGACCCCACGGCGGCCGCCCCCAGGGCCUCUGCCCAGCGGCUCCAGCCAGGACUUCUCCUUCAUCGAGGACAUUGAGGUCCUGGACAGCGCCAUGUACCGGAGCCGUGCCCACCUGGGCCGCAAGCGAGGGCACCGGGCCCCGGCCAUCCGUCCUGGAGGGACCCUGGGGCUGGCAGAAGCCGCCGACUCGGACACACGCCUCUUCCAGGACUCCUCGGAGCCGCGGGCGUCUCGGGUGCCGUCCUCCGACGAGGAGGUCGUGGAGGAGCCACAGAGCCGCCGGACCCGGAUGUCCUUGGGCACCAAGGGGCUGAAAGUCAGCCUCUUUCCUGGCCUGAGCCCGUCAGUCCUGAAGGCCAAGCUGCGCUCCCGGAACCGCUCUGCCGAGGAGGUGGAGCCAGCAGAGGGCAAGGCAGGCCCAAAGGAGGCCGCCGUGCAGCGCUCCAAGUCCUGCAAGGUCCCUGGGCUGGGGAAGCCCCUCGCGUUACCCCCCAAGCCAGAGAAGUCCUCAGGGUCCGAAGGCUCCUCGCCCAACUGGCUGCAAGCCCUGAAGCUGAAGAAGAAGAAGGUCUGAGGGGCCGCCGAGGUCUCCCUCUGGCAGUCUCAGGCAGUGCUGGUUCCUGGGAUCCCUGACGGGGACACGGCUGCAGCUCCUGCCCCCGGCCUCCGCGGAGCGUGGGGACAUUUAUGCACUUUGUAUCGCCUCCCGACCCUGCGCCACCCACUGGCCCUGCCUCCGCCGCAAGGGUCGAGGGAUCCGGUCCCUCCUCCCUCUGCCGCUGCCUCAGCCUCCCGUGGGUUUUCUUUUGAUACCAGUUUCUAGUGUUUUUAUAAAGGCCUUCGAUUUUUGUAACGGGUGGAGCUUCCCUGGCCCUCGAGGUGCCCUAUGGAGACCAAUGACGUUUUGCCACUUGGAACAUUCAAUAAAGCGUUUUGGGAAUCCG